AUGGAGAGCGAGAGUAUCGCCGAGCCCCUGUCUCCCGGAGACGCGACCAAGAGCGGUGCUCGGCCUGGCGACCGCCAUGGCUUGUUACAGCACAGUCGCGAGUUCUUGGAUUUCUUCUGGGACAUUGCGAAGCCGGAGCAGGAGACACGUCUUAAGGCCACGGAGAAGCUGCUGGAGUAUCUGCGCACACGGCCAAAAGGGUCGGAGAUGAAAUAUGCCCUGAAGCGCUUAAUCACCGGGCUCGGGGUCGGCCGAGAGACCGCUCGGCCCUGCUACAGUCUGGCCCUGGCACAGCUUUUACAGACUUUUGAAGACAUCCCCUUAUGCAGCGUUCUGGAGCAGAUACAAGAAAAGCCUGGCUUGGGAGUGGUGGGAGACAGGAGCAUGCCCUGCUCAUACCCUCUGCCCCUGUGUGGAUGCCAGGAUCAGGAAGCACUGAUAAAGUCGGUGAAGCUGCUGCAAGUGUUGGCCCAGCACCGCAACCACUUACAGGAACAGCCCCAGAAGGCCCUGGUGGACAUCCUCUCUGAGCUCCCGGAGGCCAUGUUAAAGGAGGUCUUGCCGAAGGUGCUCAAGGCUGACGUGGGCGUGGUGCUCAGCUCCCCCGAGUACUUGGAGCUCUUCCUUUUAGCCCGGCGGAAGGUGCCUACGAAGCUUGAGAAGCUACUGGGAUCGGUUGACCUAUUCUCAGAUGAGAAUAUUCCCAGGUUGGUGGACGUGCUGAAGGUAGCCGCUGCCUCUGUGAAGAAGGAGCGCAAGCUGCCCGCCGUGGCCCUGGGCCUGCUGCGCCUGGCGCUGCAGGAGAACAAGUUCUCACGGUUCUGGAAUGAGGUUCUGGAGCAGGGGCUGCUGAAAAAGCAGUUCCCGCCGGCCAGCUUCCUGUGUUUCCGCCUGCUGGGUGCAGCCCUGCCCUUGCUGUCCAAGAAGCAGCUGCAGCUGGUGAUGCGGGGAGAUGUGAUCCAUCAUUACGGGGAGCACUUGGUUACUGCUAAGCUCCGGGACCGGUUCAAGUUUGCACCUGAGAUGGAUGAGUACGUGGGCGCCUUUCUGGAGGGCUGCAAGGAUGACCCUGAGCGGCAGCUGGCCUUGCUGGUUGCCUUCUCCUCCGUCACCAACCAGGGCCACCCUGUUGUGCCCACCUUCUGGCGAGUCGUGCGGUUCCUGGGUCCCCGUGCCCUCAAGGACUAUGUGGCUUGGCUGCGGGACAUGUUUCUCCAGCCCAGCCUGGACUCUUUGGUUGACUUCAGCACCAGCAACCAGAAGAAGAACCAGGAUGCUUCACUCCAUGUGCCUGAGCGGACUGUGUUCCGGCUGCGGAAGUGGAUCAUCCUUCGCCUGGUCAGCAUUGUGGAGAACUCCCAAGUGGAGAAGGAGGAAGCCUUGAUUGAGGAGGUGGCCAGGUUCUGUUUGUUCCAUUCAUUCUUUGAAACCAAGAAGCCCACAUCCCAAAUUCCCGAGACUGAGCAGCAGCUGUCCUUCCCCUUGGAGAGCCGGACCCGAGAGGUGGUCUGCAAUGCCUUCUUCAGUCUGCUGCAGGCCCUCAGCACGCAGUUCAAGCAGGUGCCGGGCCAGACCCCAGACAGGCAGCCCUGGACCUUCCGCCUGGUGCAGUUCACAGACAUGCUGUUGAACCACAACCGCAAUGUGGCCACUGUGACACCCUUCACUGCACAGCAGCGCCAAGCCUGGGACCGGAUGCUGCAGACUCUGAAGGAGCUAGAAGCCCGCUCCGCAGAGGUCAAGGCCACAGCCUUCCAGCACUUGCUCCUCCUGGUGGGCAUCCAUCUCUUCAAGUCUCCCAUAGAGAGCUGUGAGCUCCUAGGUGACAUCCAGACGUGCAUUGAGAAGAGCCUAGAGGAGAAGCCCCGCCGGACGCGCUCCAAGGCCGUUGACUCCCAGGAGCCGCCAUGGGUAGAAGUACUGGUGGAGAUCCUGCUGGCCCUGCUGGCUCAGCCCAGCCACCUGAUGCGCCAGGUAGCCCGGAGCGUGUUUGGCCAUAUCUGCUCCCACCUGACUCCACGUGCCCUCCAACUAAUCCUUGAUGUGCUGAACCCUGACAAGAGCCAGGAUGAGGACGACAACGUGGUGGUCACAGACGACUCUGACGAGAAGCAGCAGCAGAGCAAGAGCGACUCGGACAGUGAGGGGGAUGAGGAGGAGAGCGCGGAGGAGGAGGAGGAGAGCGACGAGGAGGAGGAGGAGAGCGACGAGGAGACACGGGAUGGGGACGUGGACCAGGGCUUCCGGGAGCAGCUGAUGGCGGUGCUGCAGGCAGGGAAGGCCCUGGGCGGGCUGGACAGCGAGGACAAGGAAGAAGAGGAGCUGGGGGAUGAGGCCAUGAUGGCCCUGGACCAGAACCUCGCCAGCCUCUUUGCCGAGCAGAAGCUGCGCAUCCAGGCAAAGAAGGACGAGAAGAACAAGCUGCAGAAGGAGAAGAUGCUCCGGCGGGACUUCCAGAUCAGGGUGUUGGACCUGAUCGAGGUGCUGGUGACGAGGCAGCCCGAGAACCCCCUGGUCCUGGAGCUACUCGAGCCUCUGCUGACCGUCAUCCGGCGCAGCAUGCGUACCAGCAGCUCCAAACAGGAGCAGGACCUCCUGCACAAGACGGCCCGUAUCUUCACGCACCACCUCUGCCGAGCCCGGCAUUACUGCCACGACGUCGGCAACCACGUGGAGGCACUGCACGCACAGGUGGAGCGGCUGGUGCAGCAGGCUGGCCGCCAGGCCGACUCCUCCGUCGCUCUCUACUACUUCAACGCCUCUCUCUACCUACUCCGGGUCUUGAAGGGCAACACCACCAAUGCGUUGCCCCCUAAGACCCCGAAGAAGCAGAAAGCCAGUGCUAAGGCCAAGGGCCCCGAGGCUACCAGCUGCUUGGACUUGAAACGUGUAACCCUGGUCUACUCGUCAGCGCUAAGCUCCUUUCUCACCAAGCGCAACAGCCCGCUCACUGUCCCCAUGUUUCUCAGCCUCUUCUGCCGGCACCCGGGGCUCUGUAAGUGCCUGCUCCCCAGCAUGGUCCAGCACGUGACAGGCCCAGUGCGGCCCCGCCACCAAGCCUGCCUGCUUCUCCAGAAGUCCUUGUCCAUGGGGGAGCUGAGACUGUGCUUUGAGGACUCCGAGUGGGAGCAGCUGAUCAGCCAGGUCCUGGUGAAGGUCACUGAGAACCUAAGGACACUGGGUAAGGGACAGACCAAGUCGGAGCAGCAGAGGGAGCUGUCCUCCUUGGAGUUGCUCAUCACUCUCCUCAAGGCAGUCCAUGUCCAGAAGCUGACCGUGGACCUGACCUCCAUCCUGGGCCUGCUGCAAGGCCUCCAGGCAACCCUACAGCAGAGUCUGCAGCAGGGGGCACACACAGCAGGAUCCAGCCGUCUCUACGACCUCUACUGGCAGGCCAUGAAGUUCCUGGGAGUCCAGCGCCCCAAGUCAGAGAAGAAGGAUGCCAAGGAAAUCUCCGGUGACACCCAAAGCCCUGUUAGCAUGAAACGGAAGAAAAAGGGAUUCUUGCCAGAGACCAAGAAGCGUAAGAAACGCAAGCCAGAAGAUGCCACAGAGCAAGAAGCCAAGCCGGCAGCCACCGGUGACAAGCAGCCCCCUAGCUCAGGGAAGAAGAAGAGGAGGAGGAAAAGGACAAAGGCCAAGGCCUCAGCCCAGUCCCAGGCAAACGGGAAGCCUGCGGCCAAGAGUCCUACCCCCAGCAGCCCUAUCACAAGCCCUAGCACCUCUGCCACCCCCACUGCAGGCCCCAACACCCCUGCUAAGACCCCAAAGCUUCAGAAGAAACAUCAGAAGCAGUCCCAGAUAAAUGGAGCUACUUGCACAGAGUCUGCUGGUAAAAAGCAUCAGAAGGGGGUCUCAGACAAGUCACCACAGCCCACCCUGCGGAAGAAGGCAAGGCUGUCUUUGGCCAAUGGGAGCCCCACCCUCCUGCGGAGUGGAGCCAAGAAGAAGAAGACUCUGAGAUUCACAAUCAGCAGCUCUAAAAAAUAA